GUAAUUGGCUCUCCGGAACCAGCCGGGACACGGGGCCUGCUGAGUCAGGAAGUGGUGGACAAUGCCACCCUUUCAGGGGAGACACGGCUUGGUCUUAGGUCCUGUGUGACUCCAGGGAAGUCCAGAGAACAGCCUGUUCUCAGAGGAUGUUCCCUAACCCAGAGCCCCCUCCAGAGACUGUCAGCAUCAAUAAGGCCAUUAAUACGCAGGAAGUGGCUGUAAAGGAAAAACAUGCCAGAACAUGCAUACUGGGCACCCACCAUGAGAAAGGGGCACAGACCUUCUGGUCUGUUGUCAACCGCCUGCCUCUGUCUAGCAACGCAGUGCUCUGCUGGAAGUUCUGCCAUGUGUUCCAUAAACUCCUCCGAGACGGACACCCGAACGUCCUGAAGGACUCUCUGAGAUACAGAAAUGAAUUGAGUGAUAUGAGCAGGAUGUGGGGCCACCUGAGCGAGGGGUAUGGCCAGCUGUGCAGUAUCUACCUGAAACUGCUGAGAACCAAGAUGGAGUACCACACCAAAAAUCCCAGGUUCCCAGGCAACCUGCAGAUGAGUGACCGCCAGCUGGAUGAGGCUGGAGAAAGUGACGUGAACAACUUCCACUGGACUGUGGCCAUGGCCCUGGCCAGUCCUUGGUCCAGUCCUGUCUGCUCCUUGGAGCUGGGCUGGCUCGUGGGCACGAUUUCUGCUGAGGAGGAAGGGCUCAUGUCUGUUGUUGAGUUGGCAGCCAUGGGAACAAGCUGGUCAGGAUUGGUUGUCACCCAGGACUGGUUGUCACCCAAGUCCACCUUCCUUCGGCGUGUUCAUCUGUGUAGAAAUGCCUACUACUGGCCUCUUUUCCAGAAUAUUCUGUUUCGUGUUAUGUUCCUGGGUGCCAAAGGGCAUUCCUGGAAGUCAUCGGGAAUCGAGGGCAGGCAGGGAGAUGGAACAGCCCGUGGUUCCUGCCAGUUGGAGCCUGAGGAAGCCGUGUUUAACUCCCUGGACAUGUCCCGCUCUGUGUCUGUGACGGCAGCAGGGCAGUGCCGCCUCGCCCCGCUAAUCCAGGUCAUCUUGGACUGCAGCCACCUUUAUGACUACACUGUCAAGCUUCUCUUCAAACUCCACUCCUGCCUCCCAGCCGACACCCUGCAAGGCCACCGGGACCGCUUCAUGGAGCAGUUUACAAAGUUGAAAGAGCUGUUCUACCGCUCCAGCAACCUGCAGUACUUCAAGCGGCUCAUUCAGAUCCCCCAGCUGCCUGAGAACCCACCCAACUUCCUGCGAGCCUCAGCCCUGUCAGAACACAUCAGCCCCGUAGUGGUGAUCCCUGCAGAGACCUCAUCCCCCGACAGUGAGCCAGUCCUAGAGAAGGAUGACCUCAUGGACAUGGAUGCCUCUCAACAGAGUUUAUUUGACAACAAGUUUGAUGACAUCUUUGGCAGUUCAUUCAGCAGUGAUCCCUUCAAUUUCAACAGUCAAAACGGCGUGAACAAGGAUGAGAAGGACCACUUAAUUGAGCGACUAUACAGAGAGAUAAGUGGACUGAAGGCACAGCUAGAAAACAUGAAGACGGAGAGCCAGCGGGUUGUGCUGCAGCUGAAGGGCCGCGUCAGCGAGCUGGAAGCAGAGCUGGCUGAGCAGCAGCACCUGCGGCAGCAGGCGGCCGACGACUGUGAGUUCCUGCGGGCAGAACUGGACGAGCUCAGGAGGCAGCGGGAAGACACCGAGAAGGCUCAACGGAGCCUGUCUGAGAUAGAAAGGAAAGCCCAAGCCAAUGAACAGCGAUAUAGCAAGCUGAAGGAGAAGUACAGCGAGCUGGUUCAGAACCACGCUGACCUGCUACGGAAGAAUGCAGAGGUGACCAAACAGGUGUCCGUGGCCAGACAAGCCCAGGUAGAUUUGGAACGAGAGAAAAAACAGCUGGAGGAUUCGUUGGAGCGCAUCAGUGACCAGGGCCAGCGGAAGACUCAAGAACAGCUGGAAGUUCUAGAGAGCUUGAAGCAAGAACUCGCCACAAGCCAACGGGAGCUUCAGGUUCUCCAAGGCAGCCUGGAAACUUCUGCCCAGUCAGAAGCAAACUGGGCAGCCCAGAUCGCCGAGCUAGAGAAGGAGCGGGACAGCCUGGUGAGUGGUGCAGCUCAUAGAGACGAGGAAUUAUCCACUCUUCAGAAAGAACUGCAGGACACUCAGCUCAAACUGGCCAGCACAGAGGAAUCUAUGUGCCAGCUUGCCAAAGACCAACGAAAAAUGCUUCUGGUGGGGUCCAGGAAGGCUGCGGAGCAGGUGAUACAAGACGCCCUGAACCAGCUUGAAGAACCUCCUCUCAUCAGCUGCGCUGGCUCUGCAGAUCACCUCCUCUCCACGGUCACGUCCAUUUCCAGCUGCAUUGAACAACUGGAGAAAAGCUGGAGCCAGUAUCUGGCCUGCCCGGAAGACAUCAGUGGACUUCUCCAUUCCAUAACCCUGCUGGCCCACUUGACCAGCGACGCCAUUUCUCAUGGUGCCAGCACCAGCCUCAGAGCCCCACCUGAGCCUGCCGACUCACUGACCGAGGCCUGUAAGCAGUACGGCAGGGAAACCCUUGCCUACCUGGCCGCCCUGGAGGAAGAGGGAACCCUUGAGAACACUGACAGCACAGCCAUGAGGAACUGCCUGAGCAAGAUCAAGGCCAUCGGCGAGGAGCUCCUGCCCAGGGGCCUGGACAUCAAGCAGGAAGAGCUGGGGGACCUGGUGGACAAGGAGAUGGCGGCCACUUCAGCUGCUAUUGAAACCGCCACGGCCAGAAUAGAGGAGAUGCUCAGCAAAUCCCGAGCAGGAGAUACAGGAGUCAAACUGGAGGUGAAUGAAAGGAUCCUUGGUUGCUGUACCAGCCUCAUGCAAGCUAUUCAGGUGCUGAUUGUAGCCUCUAAGGACCUCCAGAGAGAGAUUGUGGAGAGCGGCAGGGGUACAGCAUCCCCUAAAGAGUUUUAUGCCAAGAACUCUCGAUGGACAGAAGGACUCAUCUCAGCCUCCAAGGCUGUGGGCUGGGGAGCCACUGUCAUGGUGGAUGCAGCUGAUCUGGUGGUACAAGGCAGAGGGAAAUUUGAGGAGCUAAUGGUGUGUUCGCAUGAAAUUGCUGCUAGCACAGCCCAGCUUGUGGCUGCAUCCAAGGUGAAAGCUGAUAAGGACAGCCCCAACCUAGCCCAGCUGCAGCAGGCCUCUCGGGGAGUGAACCAGGCCACUGCUGGCGUCGUGGCCUCAACCAUUUCCGGCAAAUCACAGAUUGAAGAGACAGACAACAUGGACUUCUCAAGCAUGACGCUGACACAGAUCAAACGCCAAGAGAUGGAUUCCCAGGUUAGGGUGCUAGAGCUAGAAAAUGAAUUGCAGAAGGAGCGUCAAAAACUGGGAGAGCUUCGGAAAAAGCACUACGAGCUUGCUGGUGUUGCUGAGGGCUGGGAAGAAGGAACAGAGGCAUCUCCACCUACACUGCAAGAAGCGGUAACCGAAAAAGAAUAGAGCCAAACCGAUACCCCAUAUGUCAGUGUAAAUCCUUAUUACCUAUCUCGUGUGUGUCAUUUCCCCAGCCACAGGCCAAAUCCUUGGAGUCCCAGGGGCAGCCACACCACUGCCAUUACCCAAUGCCGAGGACCUGCAUGACACUUCCAAAGACUCCCUCCAUAGCGACACCCUUUCUGUUUGGACUCAUGGUCAUCUCUGUUCUUUCCCCGCCUCCCUAGUUAGCAUCCAGGCUGGCCAGUGCUGCCCAUGAGCAAGCCUAGGUGCAAAGAGGGGUGGUGGGGGACAGGGCCACUCAACAGAGAGGACUUCCAUCCAGUCCUGCUGAUUAUUUGACCCCCACAACAAUGGGUAUCCUUAAUAGAGGGGCUGCUUGUUGUUCGUUGACAGCUUGGAGAGGGAAGAUCUUAUGCCUUUUCUUUUCUGUUUUCUUCUCAGUCUUUUCAGUUUCAUCAUUUGCACAAACUUGUGAGCAUCAGAGGGCUGAUGGAUUCCAAACCAGGACACUACCCUGAAAUCUGCACAGUCAGAAGGACAGCAGGAGUGUCCUGGCUGUGAAUGCCAAGGCCAUUCUCCCCCUCUUUGGGCAGUGCCAUGGAAUUCCACUGCUUCUUAUGGUGGUUGGUUGGGUUUUUUGGUUGUAUUUUUUUUUUUUUAAGUUUCACUCACAUAGCCAACUCUCCCAAAGGGCACACCCCUGGAGCUGAGUCUCCAGGGCCCCCCACUGUGGCAGCUCCGGCGAUGGUGCUGUCCAGGCCUCUCGGUGCUCCACCUCCGCCUCCACGCUGAGCAAGUGCUGGCCCACCCAGUCCAU